GGACCCCAAGGCAGCAGAGCACACGACCUCAACCGCAGCAGUGGCAGCGCCCCCGCCCCAAGAGCAAGUGCGGCCGGGCCAAAGAUUUGGCGCGCGCACACUCACUCCCACUGCCACUCCACUGCCCAAGGAGGAAUUUUUACGCGCGCACCGCACUCUGCGCACCGCCCCUGCGCCUGCGCGGCCCCGGAACCCCACGAAACGCGCGUAUAAAUCGACGGGACGGAACCAGGCGAGGCGCGGCACCACCACCGAUCCAACCCCCCUCCCUCCUCUCUCUCUCUCUGGUCCGGGCGGCCUCCGUUGAGUGAGCGGUGGCCAUGGAGGUGUUCUACUGCCUGGUGUUCGGCGUGCUCGCCGCCGUCGUGACGGGCCUCGAGCUCGGCAAGAGCGGCAAGGACCGCGUCGCUACCACCUCCGCCUUCAACUCCUUCAAGAACAAUUACGUCCUCGUCUACUCCCUCAUGAUGUCCGGGGAUUGGCUGCAGGGGCCGUACGUGUACUACCUCUACAGCCAGUACGGCUUCGACAAGGGCGACAUCGGCCGCCUCUUCAUCGCCGGAUUCGGGUCCUCCAUGCUCUUCGGCACCAUCGUCGGGUCCCUCGCCGACAAGCAGGGACGGAAGAGGGCUUGCAUCACCUACUGCAUCAGCUACAUCCUCAGCUGCAUCACCAAGCACUCGCCCCAGUACAAGAUCCUCAUGAUCGGCCGCGUGCUCGGGGGCAUCGCCACCUCGCUGCUCUUCUCCGCGUUCGAGUCCUGGCUCGUCGCCGAGCACAACAAGAGAGGCUUUGAUCCGCAAUGGCUGUCCAUAACAUUCUCCAAGGCCAUAUUUCUUGGGAAUGGCUUGAUUGCCAUUAUAUCUGGGCUAUUUGCGAACCUGCUUGCUGAAAACUUGGGUUUUGGUCCUGUGGCUCCUUUUGAUGCUGCUGCGUGCUUCCUGGCAAUCGGCAUGGCUAUCAUAAUGUCCUCAUGGAGUGAAAACUAUGGAGAUUCAUCUGAAAGCAAUGAUCUGAUGGCCCAGUUCAAGGUUGCAGCUAAGGCAAUUGCUUCAGAUGAAAAGAUUGCAUUGCUGGGAGCCAUACAGUCAUUGUUUGAGGGCUCAAUGUACACUUUUGUCUUCCUAUGGACUCCAGCGUUGAGCCCAAAUGAUGAAGACAUCCCUCACGGUUUUAUCUUUGCUACAUUCAUGCUGUCGUCAAUGUUGGGUAGCUCCAUUGCGUCACGUCUAUUAGCCCGAAAACUUAAGGUUGAGGGUUAUAUGCAGAUUGUGUUCUCAAUAUCAGCCGUCACCCUUUCCCUCCCAGUUGUCACCAACUUUCUAGUGCCGCCAUCUUCUGUCAAAGGAGGUAGCAUCUCGUUUGGAGGUUCUCUUCAGCUUCUUGGUUUCUGCACCUUUGAGGCAUGUGUUGGCAUAUUCUGGCCAUCAAUCAUGAAGAUGAGGUCUCAGUACAUUCCUGAGGAGGCAAGAAGCACGAUCAUGAACUUCUUCCGCAUACCACUCAACUUGUUUGUCUGCGUGGUGCUUUACAACGUGAAUGCGUUCCCUAUCACUGUCAUGUUUGGAAUGUGCUCUAUCUUCCUCUUCAUGGCAGCAAUCUUGCAGAGACGGCUAAUGGUUGUUUCUGACCUGCACAAAUCAUCAACAAAAGCACAAGAAAUGAUUGCGGAAGACGAGCCACUAAAUCCUUAGAUGUCAACCGAAUCAUACACGCAAGUCAGAUAUAAAGAUGGCAUCGACACUGCAAUUCAUUUGUUCUGCCGAAUAAGAUGGACGUUAGAACCCUGGAACAAGAUCCGGUUGUUUUUGUUUGUAACUUCGUUUCUGUAGUGUAGAUUUGACCAGGCCGUUAGUUUCCACCCUGGAUUUGCGCACAUCCAGAGGCAAUAUAUAGUUCCGCAAGCAUUGAGUUAUACCUAUGUCCGAGAUUAGAGGGACUGGUGAAUUGAUUCGCAUUGUCGUUUCUUAUUAUAUCGAGCGUGACACUGCCUUUAAACGAUACUAGGAUAUAUAUUCAUGAAAGCUAUAUUGCCACAUCUGAUGACAAUGCUGAUUGCUGUAAAGGAAAAGUCUGCUGUCAGUCGUGCUGAGGUCUUCAAAUUUUGUCUGUGCAUGUUCAUCGUAAUUGAACUUGGGCUCUGUUGUGUCUUGACUUUUA